AGAAAGCAGUAAACGGUGGGAUCCAGAAAAGAAAAGGAAACCCACCCACCCAACCCAAUCCAGAUAGCGAAUACCGAAUACGCUUUUUAACUGUGAUGAAAAGGAGGGUACCGAAAAAAGGGGGGAAAACCCGACCCGAUCCCCUUAUCUGGAUUUGCUUUCCUCACGUCACGAUAACGGUGCUUAGUUGGACUCUUUCCCACCUGAAUGUAUGCAUGAUGCACUCAAACCUCACCUUCUCCGUAUUCUGCUAGUGUGCGCACUCGUCGCCUCCCGUGCGCCUCAAUCUCUGUCUCCCGACCUUAACCUGCGCCGCUGCCCCAUAAACUCCGCCGCCGGCGCGUUGGACGACGCUCCCUGUAAGAUCGAGGUCGGCGAUUCCUCUGCAUCAGAGAUCCGCAGCUCAGAUUCUACUCUUCCCAUGUCGAAAGCCCGAGUCUACGCUGACAUUAAUGUUCUUCGCCCCAGAGAUUAUUGGGAUUACGAAUCCCUGACUGUGCAGUGGGGUGAUCAAGAUGACUAUGAGGUGGUUCGGAAAGUUGGGAGAGGAAAAUACAGUGAAGUGUUCGAGGGGAUAAAUGUCAAUAAUAAUGAACGGUGCGUUAUCAAGAUCCUGAAGCCCGUUAAGAAGAAAAAGAUAAAGAGAGAAAUCAAGAUACUGCAGAAUCUCUGUGGAGGACCCAACAUUGUGAAACUUCUGGAUAUUGUUAGAGAUCAGCACUCAAAAACUCCUAGUUUGAUCUUCGAGUAUGUCAACAGUACUGAUUUUAAGGUUUUGUAUCCAACAUUGACAGACUAUGAUAUCCGCUACUACAUAUAUGAGCUUCUAAAGGCACUUGAUUACUGUCAUUCGCAAGGAAUCAUGCACAGGGAUGUGAAGCCUCAUAACGUAAUGAUCGACCAUGAGUUGCGCAAGCUUAGGUUGAUUGACUGGGGGCUUGCAGAGUUUUAUCACCCUGGCAAGGAGUACAAUGUUCGUGUGGCUUCAAGAUACUUCAAGGGCCCAGAACUUCUUGUGGAUCUGCAAGAUUAUGAUUAUUCGUUGGAUAUGUGGAGCCUUGGUUGUAUGUUUGCUGGCAUGAUUUUCCGCAAGGAGCCUUUCUUCUACGGCCAUGACAACCAGGAUCAGCUCGUCAAAAUUGCCAAGGUAUUGCGUCUCUUUUUUUCCCCCUAUUAAACAGGAAUAUAAGCUCUACUAUUUUAUUAAUUGGUUGGCAUCUAAGCUAGAUAUUGUGAAACUAACAAACUGAAUUUGUUAUUAUCAUUAUAUGUAGAAAGAGUCCUUUGUGAUGUCAGCUUUUAGUUUUAUUUUUCCUAUAUGCCUCAAUAUUGACAAAAUGAAGAGCCAUCUUAAAUCUCUGCUGACAAUAAGGUAAUUUUCAAACUUGAACUGCUAAUGGAGUGGAUUUUGUUUCAGGUGCUAGGAACUGAUGAAUUAAAUGCAUAUCUGCAUAAAUAUCAUUUGGAACUUGAUCCACAAUUGGAAGCUCUUGUUGGGAGGUCAGAGAAACACCUUACUUUUGUCUUUGGGAAUGUUUAUUUUGGUUUUAGAAGUGUUGUUGUUCUUGGCAAUGAAGCUGUGUAUGGUUUCAUCAAAAGAUUUAGUUCUCUUUAAUGCCAAGGGCUACAGGCUGCCAUUCUCUUCUUCUCCUUGUACUUUUGCGUGCAUCUGUUGAAACCAAGGUUUAUAAUUGAACAGAUGAUUGCUAAGUAAAUUUAAAAAAUCUUCUACUCCUGCUGUUUCUGUUUGAAAUUUACUAAUGUUAGCAUCCAGAUCAUGUUAUAUUGAUGGUUUGUUUGUAUUGAUAUGUGAUAUUGAUCAGGCACAGUAGAAAACCGUGGUCAAAAUUCAUAAAUUCCGAUAAUCAGCAUCUUGUAUCACCUGAGGUAUUAUCAACAAACUGGUCUGAACCGGAAGCAGAUCUUUUUAUUGUUCUCGCCUUCUCUCUCCCUCACUCUUUCAGGAACUUUUCUUGAUAUGCUUGUAUCUUCUGAAUUUCUUGCAGGCUAUCGAUUUUCUCGAUAAGCUUCUUCGAUAUGAUCAUCAAGACAGGCUUACAGCAAGAGAAGCAAUGGUACCUUUUUUCUACUUGGAGCUUGGCCUUUGAACUUUACAUAUUAUUGUUCACAGUAACUAGUUUUCUGUCUUGCUGAACCCCUAAUCUCAUCAUGUUCUCUUUCAUAUAUUCGUUUCAGGCCCACCCAUAUUUCUUGCAAGUAAGGGCUGCAGAGAACAGCAGGUUGCGGCCACAGUAGCCUGAUCUCUGAUUAAGUCUUAUUGUGGGAACAGGCACAGAUGCAUAUUAUUAAGUAGCAUGUCAUCCAUUUAUGCUGUUGUUGGAUGAAAGUGCACCCUAAUUUGUUUGAUAAUUCAGUUUUGUCCCCAAUUAGACAGCAGUUGUAAUGUGACUCCUUCAAUUCCAGACAUAAAUCUCAACUUAAGCCACGAAAAUGAACAAAAAUAAGUAAUAAUUUCUCUUUCCAAUGUAUGAUUUUUCUGUUCGUCUUUCAUGUUAAGCAUAAAUACAAGCUUGAGGUGUUGCUAUAAGCCAUUAACGCUCAAAUGGAGGCCUCAAGCUGAACUUUUAUCAAACUUUUGAAAUGAGGUUGGC